CACCGAUCUGUUGCCUGCUGCUAUUGCUGCUUGCUGUUGCCUGCCUAUUGCUGCUACUUGUUGUUGCCUGCCUACUGGGUACCGAUCUACUGCUACCUACUAGAUACCAAUCUGCUGCUCAAUUUGGAGAGACGAUGAACACUGAUCUGUUGCCUGCUGUUACUGAUGCUUGCUGCUGCGUGCUAGGUACCUAUCUGCUGUUGCGUGCUGGGUACCGAUCUGCUGCUACGUGCUGGAUACCGAUUUGCUGCCCGAUCUAUUGCCUUGUGGUUUUUUCUUUGCCAAAAAAAUGAUGGAGAUUGAAGAAUGGAGAUUGGAGAGCGGAGAAGCCGAGAAGGAAAAUCAAUGGAUGAUGACGAUUGGAAAAUGGAUUUUCCAACUUUGUUUUGUGGAGAAUGAAAGCGUCAAUGAAAUUAUGAAACCCAGACGGUGGGAAAGAGAAAAAGAAAAAGUUGCAGAGUGC